AUGGGGGCAGAACGUGGCCUGCGGUUAGCAUGCCCAGACUGUAAAAUGAGGAUUCAAGGGUCAGUAUGUCUUCAAUUUAUUGACAUUGAGGUGAACAGUGUUGUACAAAAAGGCGACCCCUUGUGGUUAAACUGCACGUUUGAUCAAGAAUCUGACGACCUCUAUUCAGUCAAAUGGUACAAAAACAGUGUGGAAUUUUACCGCUAUCUACCGAAGGAACAGCCUCAGGCCCAGAGUUACGACCAGCCGGGCGUCUAUAUUGAUAUGGCCAAAUCCUCAGUGGGACACGUGUUUCUUUAUAAAACUGACCUGGAAUCCGAAGGUAUGUACAGAUGUGAAGUGUCUGCAGAAGCGCCCUCGUUCCAAACCGAGCGUGCAGAAAAAGAGCUCCAUAUUUAUGUGCUACCCAAAGAAAAGCCCACAGUAACUGGUACCCGUGACCAUUACAAUAUUGGAGAUUUUGUUAAUGUAACCUGUAUUGCCGAACCCUCUAAGCCCCCGGCUAGUCUUAAGUGGUACGUCAACGAUAAGAAG